AUGGCGCCACCCAAGUCGAAGCCUAAGCCCGUGCAACACGCUUUCAACAAGCCUUCCGCAGACGUAAUCCUGCGGUCCUCAGAUAAAGUCAGCUUUCACGUGCACAAGCCUGUCUUGUCAGACGCGUCCUCGUUUUUCGAGACCAUGUUCACACUUCCAGGGAACGCCUCCUCUUCUACAUCUGCCGACGGACCAUCCCCGCCAGGUCCUGCCAUCUCCAGUGCUGUCAGAGCCGCCGACGUCCUGGCGAUCGCAGACAAGUAUGCCAUGGACGGCGUGAUCCAACACGUCAAGAACUUCCUCGAGUCGUCCAACUUCCUCGAGCUCGGGGUGUCCUCGGUCAUGCGAGUCUACGCGAUCGCGCGCCAGCACGACUUCACGAACCUCGCGGAACAGGCUGCGUGUGCGUCGCUCAAGCACCCACUGCUCAGCUACACGCUUACCGGGCUCAAUAACAUGACGGCGGCGCACUACCAGGACCUGAUACGCUACCGACAGAGGUGCAUCGAACUUAUCGACCGCAAGACGGACGAAGACGGCAACAGAGAGUGGGACGACCCGAUCAAUGAUAUCUGGAACGAGGAAAUGUACGAGAGGUUCGAGUCGAACUUCCCCGCGUCUGGCUUCCCAGAGACCGUCAUCACGGGCCUGGAUGACUGCAUCGAAUGCCGCGGGCGACUCUGGUUCCAGCUGCAUUACCACCGGCUCAAGGAGGCUUUCUCGAAGCGCGUGUGCGGCGCAUCGCUCAACGAUCCCGGUAUCCUUGACCAGACAGUCGCGAGCAUAAAAGAGUGCUCGGAUUACAUGGAGCACGUCCCGAUGGAACUUGUCGAGUUUAAUAAGCGGCUUGGGGACAUACUCGACCUGGAGCUGGAAGACAUCUCCGCGCUCGACAUGAAAGAGUUCAAGCACUCGUUCAACAGACCGACCGCGGACGUCGUGCUGCGAUCCUCGGACAACGUGGACUUCAAAGCUCACAAGGCGAUCCUGGCCGAAGCAUCCACAGUCUUUGAGACCAUGUUCACUCUGCCUACGAAUCCGUCGCAGGACGUAGACACGAGCGAUGGACUGCCCGUGAUUCAGAUGCAGGAGUGCGCCGAUGCCAUACACGCGUUACUCGGAGUGCUCUAUCCCGGGAAAGGCCCUGAAGUCACGGACGUCGACCGCGCUGGCGUCGUGCUGGCACUUGCCGAUAAAUACGCGAUGGACGGCGUGACGAAGCACGUCCGGUCCUCACUGGAAGACUUCCUGGACUAUGAAUUCGGAUUAAGUGCCCUCGGCGUGUGCGCGCUUGCUCGUCGGUAUGGUUUCGUGGACCUUGUCGAGAGCGCUGCGCGCACGUGGCUGGAAAACCCGUUUCAUUCCUACCAAACGUCCGGACUCCAGGUUAUGACCAGCGUCGAGUACCAUGACCUGCUAUGCUUCCGCCAACAUUGUGCAGAUUUGAUCGACAACUACAUUCCGAACGACGACGAGUAUUGUUGGGGCGAGUUCGUGCAGUCUGUAUGGGAUGACGAGGUCCUCGCGCGGUUCGAGAGCAAUAGGAGCUUUGCCGACGCAGCAAUCACGAAAUUAGGCAGAUGUACUGGAGGCAAGAACCACUGGUUUUGGUUUCAGCUUCACGUCCGCCGGCUCAAGGAUGCCUACACGCGUAGGGUGUGCGGCAAGUCCUUGACCGACCGGGAGAUUCUUGACAAGUCGAUCGCCGGGAUGGACUGCAUGGAGUGUCUUCCUCAGCUCCCAAUGGAAUUCAUGGAGUUUAACCAGAGGCUUGCAGCUAUGCUGGACAAGGAUAUUAGGAAGGUCAUGGCUACUAUCGUGGAAACGUCCAUAGCGCAGCCUGUUACGGAGCUGGCGCUCUCCGACACAUUCAACAGCGCGACCGCAGACCUUGUACUACGAUCGAGCGACGGUAUCGACUUCCGUGUUCAUAGAUCAUUGCUCGCAAUAGCCUCGAGUGUGUUUGAGGGCAUGUGCAGCCUGCCGCAACCAUCGACUUCGGACGAGAGGCAACAGCUCCCGCUGGUCCCAAUGGAGGAAACCAGCCAUACGCUGUACACGCUCCUUCUCCUUCUCUACCCAGACAAACAUCCCCGAACAUGACAAUAACGGCGCUGCAUCACGUCAUGAAAGCUGCAGAGAAAUACGAC